AUAUCCUCUCUUGCCUCUCCCUAGAAAUGAACUUCACUUUCUGAAAACCCUAAAAAAUAAAACCUCUCCACAUCUCUCUCUAUAUUCAGAGGUAGACUCUGAAGAAACAGUCAAGAAGAACAUAAGAAGAAGAAGAAGAAGAAGCCAUUAGAUCUCUUCAUGGCUUCUCGGAAGGUUUUAUCAUCUCUAUUGAGAUCUUCAGCAAGAAGAUCUGGAUCUAAAUCUUCAUUUAUCAGAUCACCAUCACCAUCUCCUUCACCUAUUACUCGUGCUUCACCAAAGGGUUAUUUAUUGAAUCGAGUUUUAGAUUAUGCAACCACUGCUGCUGCUGCUACAGCACCAUCAACAUCUCCAUCGACAACGACGAAAACUGGAUCUAAAGGUAAAAUCACUGAUGAGUUUACAGGAGCUGGUGCGAUCGGAAGUGUGUGCCAAGUUAUUGGUGCUGUUGUUGAUGUUAGAUUUGAAGAAGGAUUACCUCCGAUCUUGACUGCUCUUGAGGUUUUGGAUAAUUCCAUCCGAUUGGUUUUGGAAGUUGCUCAGCAUUUGGGAGAGAACAUGGUUAGGACUAUUGCUAUGGAUGGUACUGAAGGUCUUGUUAGAGGUCAACGGGUUCUUAACACUGGUUCACCUAUCACUGUGCCCGUUGGUAGGGCUACUCUUGGUAGAAUCAUGAACGUUAUUGGAGAGGCUAUUGACGAGAAGGGUGAUAUCAAAACCGAUCACUUCCUGCCCAUCCAUCGUGAAGCCCCUGCCUUUGUUGAGCAAGCUACUGAUCAACAGAUUCUUGUGACUGGUAUUAAGGUCGUGGAUCUGCUUGCACCCUACCAGAAAGGAGGAAAGAUUGGGUUAUUUGGUGGUGCUGGUGUUGGAAAGACUGUGCUCAUUAUGGAGCUUAUUAACAACGUUGCAAAAGCUCAUGGUGGUUUCUCUGUUUUUGCUGGUGUUGGGGAACGUACCCGAGAGGGUAAUGAUCUUUACAGAGAAAUGAUUGAGAGUGGUGUCAUCAAGCUAGGAGACAAGCAGGCUGAAAGCAAGUGUGCUCUUGUGUAUGGUCAAAUGAACGAGCCCCCUGGUGCUCGUGCUCGUGUUGGACUUACUGGUCUGACUGUGGCUGAGCACUUCAGAGAUGCUGAGGGUCAGGAUGUGCUUCUCUUUAUUGAUAACAUUUUCCGUUUCACUCAGGCUAACUCUGAGGUGUCUGCUUUGCUUGGUCGUAUCCCAUCUGCUGUUGGUUAUCAACCAACUUUGGCUACCGAUCUUGGAGGUCUGCAAGAGCGUAUCACUACCACUAAAAAGGGUUCCAUCACAUCCGUCCAAGCUAUUUAUGUCCCUGCUGAUGAUUUGACUGAUCCAGCUCCUGCAACCACUUUUGCCCAUCUUGACGCCACAACUGUGCUCUCUAGACAGAUUUCUGAGCUUGGUAUCUACCCUGCCGUCGAUCCCCUUGAUUCUACAUCUCGUAUGCUCUCACCUCAUAUCUUGGGAGAGGCUCACUACAACACCGCUCGUGGUGUACAAAAGGUUCUUCAGAACUACAAGAAUCUACAAGAUAUUAUUGCCAUUUUGGGUAUGGAUGAGCUCAGUGAAGAUGACAAGUUGACAGUUGCUCGUGCCCGUAAAAUUCAGAAGUUCCUAAGUCAGCCUUUCCAUGUUGCUGAAGUUUUCACUGGUGCACCCGGGAAGUAUGUGGAAUUGAAAGAAAGCAUCACCAGUUUCCAGGGUGUAUUGGAUGGGAAAUAUGAUGAUCUAUCAGAGCAUUCGUUUUACAUGGUUGGAGGAAUUGAGGAGGUGAUGGCCAAGGCUGAGAAAAUUGCAAAGGAGAAUGCUUAAUCAGAAGUAGAGACUUUUAUCUUCUUUCAGCCAAUCACAUGACUUACAAAGAUCAAUAAUUUGAUUUGUUGCUUGCAAUUUGUAGAAGUUGCAGUUUUUCAAGAUCAACUUUGUCUCUGCCUACUCCCAUCUUAUUUUUCUCCUUUAAUUUUAAUUUUUGUGUUGCUGUUUUGGGUGAAUUUAUGUAGUGGGUAGAACCCAGAGGAAAGGCCUGCAUUGCCAGGCUAUAAAUUACUUCCUUUUUUGUUCAAAAAAUAAUGAGAUAAAGAAGAAGGAACUGAGGUACUUGUUUAUAGUUUCUGGUA